UUUGUUAAAUUUUUGCUAUGUUAUUAAGAAAAGGCGUGGUCUUGAAGACUUUUGAAUUUCCCACUAACAUGGGCUUUUGUGCUUGACUAGCUUUAGUGAAGUGUACAUGUGUUCUUCCGCUGCACUGUUUUGAAUUUUUUAAUUUUUCGGGGUUCUGCUGACGGAAGGGAGCACUAAAAGAAGAAAUUCUGAGUUUCUGGGUGGUAAUAACUGGUAAUGGGCUGCUUGCAUUGGAGGAUUCAUUCGUGUUUUUUUGUGCUUUUGAUGAUUUUUGCAGAGCCAUAUGUUACGGGAUUCACUGACCCUCGUGAUGUUUAUGCACUAAACAGUUUAUAUGCUUCUCUGGGCUUCCCUCCCCUUCCUAAUUGGAUUCCUUUUGGGGGAGACCCGUGCGGACUGAAUUGGCAAGGAGUAUUGUGUGUCAAUUCCAACAUAACGUCUAUCAUUCUAAAUGGAGCAAAUUUGGGGGGUGAACUGAGUGAAGACUUGGGAUCUUUUGCCUCGAUUAUACAAAUAGAUCUAAGCAACAACCAUAUUGGAGGCAGCAUACCAUCCAACCUGCCUAUCACUAUGAGGAGCUUUUCUCUCUCAGGUAAUCAGCUCAGUGGAAGCAUCCCAGAUAGUCUAUCCUCAUUAGGCCAACUGACGGAUUUGUCUCUGAAUAACAAUAAUUUAACGGGAGCAGUUCCAGAUGCUUUUCAACAGCUUAAUGGUUUGAUCAACAUGGAUUUGUCAGGCAACAGUUUGUCUGGUCAGCUGCCUCCUUCAAUGGGAGUUUUGUCAUCACUUACCACACUGCAUUUGCAAAACAAUCGGCUUACUGGAACUCUGGAUGUUCUAAAAGAUCUCCCCCUCAGAGCUUUGAACAUAGAAAAUAAUCUGUUUUCUGGACCUAUACCCGAGAAGUUACUUAGUAUUCCGGACUUUAGACGAGAAGGGAACCCCUUUAAUACUACGAUUAUACCAUCUCCACCAGCAUCAUCUCCUUCAUUACCCCCAUCUAUUGCACCUUCUCCUCACGUGGCUCCUACAGAACGAGCUAAUGGACCAUCAGCAUCCCAAUUACCACAAUUUGGAAGGGAAGGACAUAAUAGUACAACAAAAAGUGUUUCGUGGAUUGCUAUUGCUGGUUUAUUGGCAGUUGUAUUACUAGCUUUGGGGCUAUGUGCUCUCAUGUUCAAAUGCUGUAAAAGAAGGAAAUUGAAAGAGAAAACCAUGAAAAAGUAUGAAAUGGGAGCAUUUGGUGCUCUCGGUCACAAACAAGACCAGUCUUUGUCAAAGCCUCAUUACCAAGUAGAUAGAGAAUCAAAAGAAAUAAGUCUACAGCAGUCUGUUGGAGGUAGUAAGAGAAAGACUGCAUUGCUAAAUCAGGAAAAAGAUCACAGCAUAGAUAUGACAAAUUUAGAUUAUACGCAGCUACCCCCACGCGCACAUCCUCUUCCACUUCUUCCUGCUGAAAGGGUUGCUUCAGAUCCAAAUUUUUCUCCAUUAAGCUCAAGCCAACAUGCUUCUAAUCGUGUCGACUCUGUAAAGUUCUUUACCAUUGCAUCUCUUCAACAGUAUACAAAGAGUUUUUCUCCUGAAAAUCUAAUUGGGGAAGGCACACUUGGCACGGUUUACAAAGCCGAGCUUCCUGGAGGAAAAGUCCUGACAGUCAAAAAAUUGAACACAACAGCUUCUAGGCAUUUGAGUGAUCAAAAAUUCCUCGAGCUAGUGUCAACUAUCUCCAAACUUCAACAUGCAAAUAUAGUGAAACUUGUGGGUCACUGUCUGGAGCAUGGACAACGUCUGCUUGUGUAUGAUUAUUGCAGAAAUGGGACACUCUACGAAGCACUGCACUUGGAUGUUGAGAUAAAUAAAAAGCUUUCAUGGAAUGCUCGGAUGCAUUUGGCACUUCAAGCUGCAAGAGCGUUAGAGUAUUUGCAUGAGACAUGCCAGCCACCUAUUGUACACCAGAAUUUCAAGUCUGCUAAUAUUCUCCUCGAUGAUAAGCUUGCUGUGCGAGUUUCUGAUAGUGGAUUGGCUCCGCUGCUGCCAUCUGAUUCCAUGACUCAGUUGCAAGGUCAUGGUUAUGGUGCUCCAGAACUUGAAUUAGGAAGCUAUACCUACCAGAGUGACGUCUACAGCUUUGGAAUUGUGAUGUUAGAACUUCUAACCGGGCGAAAAUCUUAUGAAAGGUCGCGCCCCCGUGGAGAGCAAUACCUCGUUAGAUGGGCAAAUUCACGGCUUCAUGAUAUAGAUGCAUUAUCGAGAAUGGUUGAUCCUUCUUUAAAUGGUGCUUAUCCUUCAAAGUCUUUAUCCCGGCUUGCUGAUAUUAUUUCUUUGUGCAUUCAACGCGAGCCAGAGUUCAGGCCACCAAUGUCUGAGAUUGUCCAAAACCUCCUACACAUGAUACAGAGAGAUUCCUGAGCUCGAGUCAAGAUGGCAUGAGCUGAAGUUGGAGAGGAUUUCGUUUAACAGGACUCUUUAAACUCGUUGCCUGCUACUACUAGUGCUAGGUUGGGCCAUAUUUGCCCCAUUUUUUCUUGAGAACUGCAUAAUGUAGUACUAUAUGUACUGACUUCCUGAAGGAAAGUGUACUUGUUUUCUUUAGUCUGCUAGUCGAAUAUAAUUCUGUCAUUGCAUUUUCUGAUGUAACAAGCUAGUUGGUGUGUAAAAUUGUUAUAGUUGCAUCUUGUAUGGCUAAGAAAAUCAUUUUCAUUCCCCAUC